CACAACCAGCUUCCGCGCCGAUGAUUCUGGAAGAAAGCAUGGGCGCCACAAGCCGGGCGCAAGAGCCGCGCGAGCCCCUCCCUCCCUGGGCCUGGCUGCUCGCGAAGAGGCAAGCCGAGCGCUGAUUGGUCGGUUGUGGUGUAGUUAGGCCUUUUGUACGCCUGCUUUUACUGCUUUGGGGUCGCGCUGGUGCGAGUGCGUGGCUGUUUUGGGUAAUGAGACGGUGGGGCGGGGUUGUGGGUGGGUGGAUGGCGGAAUUGGGGGGAGGUGCUGCGUAAUGCUGUCUUGGUGGAUUGACGUGAUGGUGGAGGGGUAUUGCGAGGGAUGGGGGGUAUAUAUUGGGGUGCUGGGAAGUGUGGUGGUUUGUUGUUCUGUUCAUACUUCCAAGUCUUCUGCUCUUCUUAUCUCUCUCUCUGCUCCUCUCAAGUCAAUUCUUACACGUCUAUCUACAUCAACCCUGCCCCAAACACCACAAUGAGCGAGACAAAGAUCAAGACGAAGGUCAUCCUCGUCGGUGCGAGCGGCAACCUUGGCCCCUCGGUCUUGAACGCUUUCCUUGCCGCCCCCGACGACUUCGACGUCUCAGUGCUCACACGUCCCGACUCCACCGCUACCUUCCCGCCCAACACCAACGUCGUGAAGUCCGACUACAAAGAUGAGAGCCUGAAGGCCGCCUUCACUGGCAAAGACGCCGUCGUGUCGCUCCUCGGUAACGCGGGCUUCGGCGAGCUCCAAAACAAAGUCGUCGACGCGGCCAUCGAAGCUGGAGUCAAGCGCUUCGUGCCCUCCGAAUUCGGCUCCGACACGCCCAACCCUGCCGUCCGGGCCAUCGUCCCCGUCUUCAACUCCAAGCGCGGCACAGUCGAGCACAUCCAAAAGAAGCAAUCCGAGGGUGCCAAGAACAUCAGCUGGACGGGACUCAUCACCGGCCCCUUCUUCGACUGGGGCCUCGAAAUCGGGUUCCUGGGCUUCGACCCCAAGAACCGCAAAGCCACUCUCUGGGACAACGGGACCGCGCGCUUCGCGACGUCGAACCUGAACUUCAUCGGGCGGGCGCUAGUGCGCGCUCUCCACCCAAGCAACUUCGAGAAGACAGAGAACCAGUACGUGCAUGUUGCCAGCUUUGUGACGACGCAGAAGGAGGUCCUGGCCGCGUUCGAGCGCGCUACCGGCCAGAAGUGGACUGUUGAGCACAAGUCGACGGAAGUGGAACAAGCCCGCGCGACGGAGAAGUUCGCCAAGAACGAUUUUAGUGAGGUUGCGACUCUGAUUUUGGCCGCGACUUAUGGGCCCGCUGAGUUGGGCGCUUUUGAGAGGCUCUGGAAUGAGGACUUGGGCUUGGAGAAGGAGAGUUUGGAUGAGACUGUUAAGGCCGUGUUGGAGGGGCGGAGGCCGUAGGAGUAGCUGGGGUUGAUACAGUGCUUUAACUUGAAGCGGGACUUAUGUGUCUCUUCUGCCAACUGUUUUCAAGGCCUUUCGUGAGCAUGUAUGAGGUUAUUUCACUGUGCUAUAUCCUUGUUCAUGACUCUUCUCCUAUUAAACAUUGUCAGCUCUCAGGAAGGAGUUGAAAACUGUACUAAUCAAAGCUCAUAAGACAUGCUGUCGCUGGCAACUACUGGAAUCCCUACUUCAAAGUUCUGGAAAGGUUUGUAGGCAAUGUGUUCUUGCUUAGCAACUUUAGCAUCACAAUGAUUCACUGCGCG